CCUUGACAUCAUCACCGCCUGUUUCUUCUUUUUUCCCCUUGAACCCACUUGGAACAACGACUCGUGUGAUCCAUCUCCGUUUUCAUUGCAUCAUCCUCUUACAAUACCAAUCAAAAGACACACGUCCCGAAGCCAUUGCGUACAGCAUUUCGAAGACGACCAAGACCAUUUUCACAUUGGACGCAGUCGAGAACGACGUUGAACUGAGUGGUGCUUGAAGAAAGCCAAACAGACAAAACAUACAACACACACACACACACACACACACACACAUACACAAGGACAAGACAUCAGCCAGCAGCAGCAGCAAGGAGAUUCUCUCCCCUCUCCAUCCCACCGCCGCCUCCACGAUGAACUGUCCCUCGCGCAACGACGACAUCACGCUCGAGCACCCGGACUGGAACCAGAACCCGCCCUUCCUCGCCGCCGACCUCACCACCUGCGAGGACCUGAACGGCAUCGCCAACGCCCGCGAGCAGCGCCGCGCCCGGGGCGGCGCCGGCGAUGGAUCCGACGGCCGGGGUGACGAGAUGAAUUACCAGACGCUGCCGCGCCUGCAGCCCGACAGGCGGCAGCCCGUUUCGGGAGGGUGGAACCACGGUUUCCACCCCCGAAACAAAAAGGUGCAUGGUGGUGACGACCAUGCGCCUCUCCUCUGGGCCUCCGUGCCCGCCCGCUCCGCCCUCUGGGGCUGGGUGAGCUGGAUCCUGUCCGUCCUCGGCUGCUCAGCCAUCAUCUCCGCGCUCAAGAGCCCCGAGGCCGUGGCUUCGUUUCUCGUUGCGUCCAAACAGGCCGCUGCAUCCAUCACCAAACGCUCCGCCCGCUCCGUCCGCCGCUCGACCUGCCCAACCGGCGGCCUCGGCGACGAGGACGCCUACAACACGCCGCUCCACGUCGGCGCCCUCUUCAUCAUCCUCGCCGUCUCCUUCCUCGCUUGCGCCCUGCCGCUCAUCGCCGCCGCUGUGCCCGGCAUUCGCAUCCCGCGGCCCUUCUUCUUCGCCGUCCGCCACUUCGGCACCGGCGUCCUCCUCGCCACCGCCUUCGUCCACCUCCUCCCGACCGCCUUCACCCUCCUCGGCAACCCGUGCCUCAGCUCCUUCUGGGUCGAGGACUACCCGGCCAUGCCCGGCGCCAUCGCCCUCGCCGGUAUCUUCCUCGUCACCAUCAUCGAGAUGGUCUUCCAGCCCGCCCGCCACAUGACCCAUGUCCCGGACGACUCGGUCCUCUCGUCGCCGACGACGACGACGACGACGACGAUCCCGGGCCAGGAGUCUCAGUCCCAGCCUCAGUCUCGGUCCCCCUCGCAGGCCGACGAGAGGCUCUCCAAGCGCGUCGACGAGGAGAACCGCCCCGUCGCGCGCCUCGACGCCCACGGCGCCCUCGUCCUCUCCCCCGCGCAGCAGCACCAGAAGGACAUUUUGCAGUGCAUGAUGCUCGAGGUCGGCAUCCUCUUCCACUCCGUCUUCAUCGGCAUGACCCUCAGCGUCUCCGUCGGCCACGAGUUCGUCAUCCUCCUCGUCGCCAUCGCCUUCCACCAGACCUUUGAGGGCCUCGCCCUCGGCUCGCGCAUCGCCUCCAUCGACUGGCCCAAGGGCAGCCUGCAGCCGUGGAUGAUGGCCCUCGCCUACGGCUGCACGACCCCGGUCGGCCAGGCCAUCGGGCUCGCCACCCACCGCCUCUACAGCCCGGACUCGGAGUUCGGCCUCAUCCUCGUCGGCACCAUGAACGCCAUCUCGUCCGGCCUGCUGGUCUUCGCCGCGCUGAUCGAGCUGCUCGCCGAGGACUUUUUGUCCGACGAGAGCUGGCGCAUCCUGCGGGGCUCCAAGCGCGUCUGGGCCUGUCUGCUCGUCUUCUUUGGCGCCUUCGGCAUGAGUCUCGUCGGCGCGUGGGCCUAGGUUCCGCUCGCAGGGAGACUGCCCAAGGCCGGAAUAAUGAGGUGUUUUUUCUGGAAGGCAGAACCGCCGUUGGACUGGCCUACGGUUUGAUCCGCGCCUGAAAGGACGCGGUGAGGCGUCUAUUCGGGGACCGUCAAGGGACAUGGGAAAGGAGCACAGCGUGAGCUGUCUCCUCUCUGACCCGUCAACAUUACCUUUCGUCGAUGGAGGCACGCUGGUCUAACUAGCUGCCAGCCUUCGUCUCUCGUUCAAAGUCUUUGGUUUUAGGAUUGUUGUUUGGCAGAUUUCGUUCACGGAGCCACGGCUUGGGAAGAUAGCCGAUGGGUAGAUGAUUUUUGGUUUUGAUGUUUCGCUUGUUGCUCAUGUCACAUGGGCGUCCACUCGUUUUCAAAGUUCAAAAGGACCGCGGAUAGAUGUUACAUACCGAAAAGAAAAGACCAGGUAGAAAGCGAAGGGACAAUACAACUGUUGUCUUCCCCCUGGACCACGAUGGUAGCAGAUGAUGAUCCCCUAGCAACCGUCCACGUCAUCAGAUAUGUCUAUCAUGUCUACCUUCACACCCUUCCAGACCUGAAAUUUCUUGUUUCGAACAGGAUCGACUUCAACCCCUGAGCCACGACGCC